AUGGCCGACAACGACCAAGACCUCAGCAAGAUCCUGGAGAUGGAGGCCACCCGCUCCUCGGCCAUCGCGUAUGAAGGCCACAGCCGCGACGACCGCAACUUCGCCGGCCACAAGCUGGUCGUCGUCUCCGCUGAAGUCAUGUACUCAUUCAACCAGACCGAUAUUAUCGAUCACGAAGACCUCAGCGGCCACCGAAUCCGGAUCUGGGUCCGUGCCGGCGCCCGCGGCUUCCGCAUCGCCCGCACCACCACCGGCGCCGGGUCUGUUCUGCGCGAUGGUCCAGCCGUGCCGUUUGACGUAGGUAUGGAGAUUAUGGCCCCCCCGACCCCUGUCGAAGUCCCCGGCAUGCCCGCCGCAGCCAUCGUCGCUCCACGCGCCGCCUCCCUGGAGACCGAAACCCGGCGCGCCUUCGCCACCCCAACGAUGUCCGCCAUCGCCGCCUACUGGCACAGAAGCUGCGCUGGCGGCGACUCGUAUCAGGGAACUAACUGCGCCCACUUCCUCUCCGACACCUUCAUCCGCGCCGGCUUUACCGAACUCAACCCACCCAACCCGCACAUCAACGCCCGCUGCCCAACCACCGCCCGCCGUCCGGUCCGCGCCCGCGACAUGUGGAGCUGGUUCCAGUCCAAAGCCCGGGUGACCAGCCGCACCGCGCAACGCAAUACAGGCUGGUGGGCCGUCUUCCAGCUCGACGAGAGCUACUAUGGCGGCCACGUAGCCGUCCUCGACUCCGACGCCUGGGUGUAUUACGGCACCGCAUGGUACGCCACCUGGGACCAGUACUUAUACAAGUGGUAA